AUGAUGCGUCUCAUCAUCCGAGACGACAAGGAUACUGCUUCCGCAUUUAUCGCCAGCUAUAUCAUUGAUCGUAUCAAGGCCUUUGGUCCAACUCCAAGCAAGCCAUUCGUGCUUGGUCUUCCUACAGGCAGUUCCCNNCCCGAAGGCGUGUACAAGAAUCUGGUCAGACAUCACAAGAAUGGCAAUAUCUCUUUUCGUGAUGUAGUGACCUUCAACAUGGUGAGUUACGACACAGUGCUGUCUUUAGUUCAUACACACCAAUCCGAAGCUGACGUUUGCCUCUCUUACAGGNACGAAUAUGUUGGUCUCCCUCGUGAGCACCCAGAAUCAUACCACAGCUUCAUGUACCGCCACUUUUUUUCACAUGUCGACAUUCUGCCAUCGAACAUCAAUAUCCUAAAUGGCAACGCGCCUGAUUUAGAGGCUGAAUGUAUUGCUUACGAAGAAAAGAUCAAGCGCGCAGGUGGUAUUGAGCUCUUCCUGGGCGGCAUUGGUCCUGAUGGCCACAUUGCCUUUAAUGAGCCUGGAUCUAGUCUUGCGUCUCGCACCAGAGUUAAGACGCUUGCCUAUGAUACCAUCAUCGCAAACUCGAGGUUCUUCGGUGGCGAUGUUGCACAGGUACCUCGUAUGGCACUGACUGUGGGUGUGCAGACAGUGUUGGAUGCAAGAGAGGUUGUCAUCAUCAUCACUGGUUCUCACAAAGCACUCGCUCUCCAAAAGUGUAUCGAGGGCGGAGUCAACCACAUGUGGACCUUGUCAAGCCUGCAGAUGCAUCCUCAUGCAAUGAUUGUCGCAGAUGACGAUGCAACACUGGAGCUGCAAGUCAAGACUGUGAAGGUAUGUAUGCUCUCAGCCUCGAAACAACAUCAUACUAACAGAACAAACAGUNACUUCAAGUCUAUCGAACAAGUCGCCUCAACACAGGGCUUCACGCAAACAUUGCCUGACAUCAGUAUUACCACUUCGAAGCGGGACUCCAUCAUCGAGAAGCUAGACAGUCCUCGUUCACCCAAGACAUCGUCUCCGUUCGUGAUCACUUCGAGCUCGACACCAACCUCUCCCACCUCUUCCGGCAGUAUAAGCAAGACUCUAUCAGUACACAAUACAAAUGCAGGUGCUCAACGGCCCGUAACGCCUGAGCCAACACUCGACAGAAUGGCCGAUAGACUACCACCUUCGCCAUCUCCUUUCAACGCCAAACUGUCUGUGAACACACCAAUUCAGCGAUCCAUCACGCCUGAGCUGGUACCAGAUUGUAUGUCAGACAGACUUCCAAGGACGCCUGAGAUGAGAGCAGUGACUCCCGAACUCGUGCCUGAUCGCAUGGCAGACAGACUGGUCAGAACACCACAAGUUGCAGGACAGGGUCUCGAUGGUUUGGUGGUCGAUGAGUUACCUCUGAGCAGUGUGGGGCAAAGGAUCGCUGUCUAG